AGAGAACGGAAGGGGAGAAGGAGGAGUGUAGCCAGAGCGACCAGCCCUGGGACAUUUGCAAAUCCUAGGGUGCCACUGAAAGGUGGGGAGUAAGAGAAAGCCAGAGCGACUGAAAAACGGAGCUACUCCCAGCAACAACAGCAGCUGUCAGGAACUGGAUACACAUAUACAUGCGUCCCUACAUGCUCACACGGGGAGAAUUCAAGCUGCAGCUCAUAGGAGGAGGGAAGCGUUUCGGCUGUGCAAAGGGCUAUGCAUGUCAGGGAUGAAACUAAAAGCUGAAAGAAGCGGCUGCGCUCCUGGGACUGUGUCAUCUUGGAAGGGAGGGAGGCAGGAAGGAAGGAAGGAAGGAAGGAAGGAAGGAAGGAAGGAAGGAAGGAAGAAAAGGGGGAAGAUAACUGGCAUGUGGAAGAAGAUGGGAGACUAACUCACUGCCGUGCAGAAGGGAAAUCCAACUUGUACAUCUGAAAUACACCAGGCUCAGCUUGGAAAUGAGAUCAGACCUGCAUUGAAACACAGAAAGGGAGGAAAAGGGAGGCAGAGACGGGAGAGCUUUUAUCCUUUUUCCUCUCUCUCUUUCCCUCUCUCUCCUCAAAGAAAUAGAAGUUUAUGCGUCUCAGUGCUUCUGGAUUCAUAGAGCUGCUGGACAAAAGAUGGAGAGGAAGCUAAAAUGAAAAGCAAAGUAUGCUUCUGAAAUUUACAGCUAAAAGGAUAAAUCACAUCUUCUCGGGUUUCUUUGUGCCCCAUCGGGGGAGUUUUAACGUCUGAAGGAUUUUGAAAAGUGGGGGGGGAAGGUGAGAGUGGGCGUUAAAAAUACCCAUCCCAAGUGUUUAAAAAAUAACGAGGUGAUGGAUUUAUCCUUGACAGCUGGUGGGAACCUUGAAUUUUUCCCUACUCCCUCCCUCCUUCGUUUCAUUUAAUGUGAAAUUAUGAAAAUGCAGAGGAGUUGGAGGGAAGGCAAAAGGAUAUAACGUGGAGUUUGAAACAAGGAGAGGGUGCUGAUGCUGUGGAUUGCUGGCUUCUUGCCGAAAUCAAAAAUCCAAUUGCGCACUGGGUUGUGAUUGGAAAUCUAAUCAGAUCUUUGGUGAGGGGGGAGAGAGACUAAAAGUUUAUUGUUUUGACAGACAGGAAUAAAAAUUUAAAUGCAAGAGGAGAUUCUUUUCUAAAGGAGUGUGGGGGUAUAGAGGAAAAUAAGAAUGGGAAUCCCCAUUCUAAUGUGGAGACACAUGGAUUGGAUAAUUGAUAGUGCAGCAAAGAAGGAGCAAAAGGAAAAUUGUCUGGCAAGACCUGGAUCCUAAGUGUCACAACAAAAUUACAUUAAAAGAAUGCAGAUGGAGGAUUGCUUAAAAGGAAAUACAGUUAUUUCUGCUCUCCAGAGAAAAAACAAAUAGAGAGCAAUGGGGAGCAGUGGAGCCAGAGAGGCAGAAAACCUCAGAAAAAGGAAAUUAAGCAAAUGAUCCACAGUGGAAUGAAAAGUUUCAGAAACGAAAAGGACCAUUCAUCCUUCUCAAGGAUUUUUGGUUUUUUCCUGUUAUUUUAAACCACUACUCUUCAGUGGAGGCAACCAUCAACAUUACUACUACAGAAAUUUUAAGCAGAAAAGUUGAAAGCCACCGAGAAAAUAAGGACAGAGAAGAAGAAAGCAAACUGCCAGAGGGGGAGAGUUCAGCAGUGUUGGGUUGGAUUGGCACCUGUAUGGACUGAAAUUGCUGGGAAAUUGCAAUUGGAUAUCCUUUCUUUUUUUUUUUUUUUUUAAUUUCCUUUCUUGUUUUUAAUUUUGUUUUGGUUGCUGAAAUGAGAUAGUUUUCUAACCCCUCCCCCACCCUGGUUUCUCAUAAUCACUCGGAUUUCCAGCUGGAUAGUCUUUGAGGAUACAGGUGGAUGCUGUGGGGGGGUCCAGGCAGCUCUGUGGAACAGUCUCCAAUGGGCUAGUAGGAUGAGAAGGUCCAGGGGUAGUUUGGGAAACGAGGAGAAACAUCACCUCCCAAGACGGUAAACCUACUGAAAAGAAAGAAACCCAUCAUCCAGCGUGUGGGCUGUCAGCAGCUCCCUCGCACUCUCAUUUUCUGCUGCGGUACAGCCCGAUGGGGACUGCUGGCCAUCCAUGAUGUUUCCACAGCCUGCCUGCUCUGCCCCCAGCUUUCCAGCCUCCCUUGCCUGCAGGGUGUGCCCAUAAAUUCUCCCUGUAGACACGGCACUGCACACAGUGUGAUCGGCAUGGCAGCAGCCACAGUUAUCUAGAGAGAUGUCUGCUUCCUGCAGGGAGAGAUUUUACCACAUUGGAUGCGGUCACACAACCAUGACAUCCAGCAUCUUGCUUUAAGCAAUGACCAGUACCUGAUGUUUCAAAUGAAGCUGAAAGCACCUAACAAUGUAACUGGAGAACUGUGUGUGGCAGAAGGGAAGCAUUUAUUUGACUGGCUCUGGGUGCCUAUGGAAUUGAAAACCCAGCUAUUUCCAUAAUAAACCAUAAAGCCAUGACUCCCUUCUGUGGCUGGAGCUGGACUUAAGAGUACUUUAGCAAUAAUGACCAGCUAUCUUUAAUUGGUCUGGGGAAAAAAUAUAGUGAGAGCCAGAGAUGACAUCUGCAGCACAGACUUGGAGAAAAAGACGAUUCAAGCUCCAGAAGGACCAACACCAAAUAAAUUAUGAAUGUUGAACAAGAUGACCUUACAUCCACAGCAGAUAAUGAUAGGUCCUAGGUUUAACAGGGCCCUAUUUGACCCCCUGCUUGUGGUGCUGUUGGCUCUUCAGCUUCUUGUGGUGGCUGGUCUAGUGAGGGCUCAAACUUGCCCUUCUGUCUGCUCCUGCAGCAACCAGUUCAGUAAAGUGAUUUGUGUACGGAAAAAUCUUAGAGACGUGCCAGACGGCAUCUCCACCAACACCCGGCUACUCAAUCUCCAUGAGAACCAGAUUCAAAUCAUUAAAGUUAAUAGCUUCAAGCAUCUGAGGCACCUAGAAAUCCUGCAGCUCAGCAGGAAUCACAUCAGAACAAUUGAAAUAGGGGCUUUCAAUGGUCUGGCCAAUCUCAACACUUUGGAACUCUUUGACAAUCGUCUGACCACUAUCCCAAAUGGGGCUUUUGUAUACCUAUCAAAACUGAAGGAACUGUGGUUGAGAAACAACCCCAUUGAGAGCAUCCCUUCUUAUGCUUUUAACAGAAUCCCUUCUCUCCGGAGGUUGGAUUUGGGGGAAUUGAAAAGGCUUUCAUACAUCUCAGAAGGUGCCUUUGAAGGUCUGUCCAACUUGAGGUAUUUGAACCUUGCCAUGUGCAAUCUUCGAGAGAUUCCUAACCUUACUCCGCUUGUAAAACUGGAUGAGUUAGAUCUUUCUGGGAAUCAUCUGACUGCCAUCCGGCCAGGUUCUUUCCAAGGGUUGAUGCAUCUUCAGAAAUUGUGGAUGAUACAGUCCCAGAUUCAAGUGAUAGAAAGGAAUGCUUUUGAUAACCUUCAGUCACUUGUAGAGAUCAACCUGGCACAUAACAAUCUAACACUACUGCCUCAUGACCUGUUCACACCGCUCCGCCUAGAAAGGAUCCACUUGCAUCACAAUCCUUGGAACUGCAACUGUGAUAUCCUUUGGCUCAGCUGGUGGAUUAAAGACAAGGCACCCUCCAACACUGCAUGCUGUGCCCGUUGCCACACGCCCCCCAGUUUAAAAGGAAGGUACAUUGGUGAGCUGGAUCUGAAUUACUUCACAUGUUAUGCUCCAGUCAUAGUGGAGCCACCAGCAGACCUCAACGUCACAGAAGGCAUGGCUGCAGAGAUGAAAUGCCGGGCAUCGACCUCCCUGACCUCUGUAUCUUGGAUUACUCCAAAUGGAUCUGUAAUGACACAUGGGGCAUACAGAGUUCGGAUUGCUGUGCUCAGUGAUGGCACAUUAAAUUUUACCAAGGUAACUGUGCAAGACACGGGUUUGUACACAUGCAUGGUGAGUAACUCUGUUGGGAAUACCACGGCUUCUGCCACGCUGAAUGUGACCGCCCUGGAUAACCCUGGUUACACGUACUUUUCAACUGUCACGGUAGAGACUGUGGAACCUUCUCAGGAUGAGGCACAGACCACAGAGCAGGUUGGGCCCACACCAGUUACCAACUGGGAAACCAUUAACAUGACAACCUCACUCACUCCACAGAGCACAAGAUCAACAGAAAAAACGUUCACCAUUCCUGUGACGGACGCAAACAACGGGAUCCCAGGAAUAGAUGAGGUUAUGAAGACUACCAAAAUCAUAAUUGGUUGUUUUGUGGCUAUCACUCUCAUGGCUGCUGUGAUGCUGGUAAUUUUCUACAAAAUGAGGAAACAGCAUCACCGGCAGAGCCAUCACGCUCCAACACGGACUGUAGAGAUCAUUAAUGUGGAUGAUGAGCUUACAGGUGACACACCCAUAGAGAGUCAUUUGCCCAUGCCAGCAAUAGAGCAUGAGCACUUAAAUCACUAUAACUCUUAUAAAUCUCCUUUCAACCACACAACAACAGUUAACACAAUAAAUUCAAUACACAGUUCAGUGCAUGAACCGUUAUUGAUCCGAAUGAACUCGAAAGACAAUGUUCAAGAGACUCAAAUCUAAAACAUUUAUGACAUUAAGGGGUGGGGUGGGGGGACAACAAAAGAUGGUUUAUAAAACAAAUGACACAAAUGACUGGGCUAAAUCUACUGUUUCAAAAGUGUCUUUACAAAGAAAAAGAAAUUUAUUUAUUAAAAAUUCUAUUGUGAUCUAAAGAAGGCAAAAUUAUGUGUAUUCCUCAGAACCUGUUUUUGCUGCAGUUAUUUACCCUCCUCGUUCCCGUUUUCCUGCCCAACCUACCCUGACUCCCAUUUGCCAUAUUUUUCAUAGGAGAUCUUGAUUCCCUAAAAGAACUGAUCUAGGAAAUUUUGUAAGAAUUCUGUUACACUUUGGGAAUUUUUAUGGUGAAUUCUAGUGGUGAGAUUCGGUCUAUUUUGUCACUUUCUCUUUUUUCUUUUGUUUUCUCAUGCCCUUUUUGAAAUUAUUCAACAGAGAAUGGAGUAAUAACAGUAACUUUGCAAAUGAGAAAAAUAAGUAAACCUUUUUUUCUCCAUGUAAUGAUUUGCUCUGUACUUACCGAAAGCACCAUUCUGUGGAAAAAAAAAAUGGAAAAAAAGUAAAAAAAAAUCAAACCAAAAAUUAAUUUACUUGUGAAAACCUAUAAAACCCAUGAUCUUUUACGCAAUUCUAGAACCAGAAUUUGUAGUUCAAACACUAAACUAAGAUUAUAAAUAAAAUAUUGGUUUUUUUCUGUACUUGGAUAUAGCUCAUUCUUAGUGUGGCUUUAAACAUCAAAAGUUUGUUAAAAUUCCUAUGAUAAUCUGCUCUGAUGGUCCAAAACACAAUCACUUUAAAGAGAAUAAUUAAAUAAUUUUGGAUCAUUACUGAAGGAUAUCACAGUUUUCGUUUUAGUUUGUGAAAACAGCAUACUGGCAAACAAGGAUGUUUGUUUUCUAAUGCAAGAUUGAGAUUGUUCCUUCUAAUGGUGUGUGCAAUUAUCUCUAUUAUAUCACAAGAUGCUUUUCACAAUGCCAGAAAAAGUUUUGCAAGGAACUUCAGUUGCCCCUGAAUUUAUUAGACAAAACUAAAAACUUUUUUCUGUUUUUUAUUAUUUAUAACUGUCAAUAAGAAAAUUCGUCUUUAUAUCAAAGCUAGUGGUUUCCAGUUCAGUUGUUCUGGGACUUCUAGGCACAAACAUGAAAGAAGCUUAGCCAUAAUAAUACCUGUAAUAAGAGCUGUAUCCCUAUGUGCAAAAUCAAAUCAACAUGCUCUUCAUGGAGUAAAUCACAGGAAAAAAAUCUGAGGAUUUUGGUUUAAAGAAUAGAAAGAACAAAGUCAGAUAAAUCAGAGCAUAUUUUAAGUUACUGUAAUUUGCACGACAAUUAGACUCCCUGUAGAGUACCCAGUUACCAUUAAUUUAAACUCAGACUCAUGUACCAAUGGGAAAUGCACACCUUCUGCCUUUCUGCUUAUAUACAUUCUCUGGAUUUAGCUUAUUGGUGUAGGACUGGUGUAUACUGUGCUUGCUGAAAGCUAAAAGGAAAGCUUUCCAUAAGAAAACCCACUUCAGGACAUUGUGUUCUUCCAAGCAGAAGUUCUGCCAAAUUAAACUUUAUGCAUUGGCAGCUGAACAGAAGCAUUUUAAGAUUAUUCAAAUUAGGACAAAAAAAAAGAAUCUUAUGUAUCAUUUCUGAAUGCCUUUUCACCUGUUUUCUUUCUUAACCACCCUUACUGAGGGUUUCUGGGGCCUUGUGCCAGGUAAACAAAAUUCUUAGCAAAAUCUGUUUGGAUCUUUCUAGUAUGGAACACUAUGCAGGAUGAAGACCUCACUGAAAAAUAUACUUCUAUUCUGUAAGUUUAAGAUGGAAUUCCGAUAGGUUGAGGAGCUAAACAUCUCCUGUUAGAUGCACAGUUCUCAAGGUUGCAAGUGAAUGUUGUAGUACAAAGGCCUGAUUUAAAGAGGACACAGUGGAGAUAGGUGACAAUGAAUCACACCCUGCAAGGAGUCUGAUAAGUAUAAUACCAAAUGAAACCCAAAGUUCUAUAACAAUCUCUAAGAAACAUUUGGCAAGGCAUUAGCCUUUGAUGUGCUACAUGAAAAAUAAUAUCUACUCAAAGGGAAUUUUAAUAGGGGGCAAAGA